UAUUCUACGUCAUACCAAUUUGUAUUUAGUGUGUCGUUGUGACUUGUAAGAAAGUGCUUGACAGUUUUGUUGAAAUUCGUUUGUUUGCAGCUCGCAGAAACUGGUAAGACUGGCAAGUUUUAUUCCUUAAUGUAUAUUUGAUAUAUUUUAUUGUGUAUCAUAGCGUAUUAUAAAACAAAACGACUUGACUGAUUCUCGAAAGGUCGAAGUUCCCAGAUUUAAAAUGUAAUACCGAUCCGAGCUAUGGCGUUAUCGAUUUUUCAUAUUUGGUUGAAAUGGACCCCAGAAUUGAAAUCGUCAUGUUCAUGUUAGUCAAUACCGAAAAUUUCGUGUUUGGACAUUCAAGGCGUGAGUAAAUUUGAGCAUGAAGAUUUCAAUUUUUAUAAGGUCCACUUUUGGCUAUUAUUAUGGCCACAUAAAAUAAAUUCCUUGAUUCUCAUCACUAGACUUUGAAAAUGUCGAAGAGCCGGGAGGUUUAUAUUUUAUAUUUAUAUAAUUUAUCAUCAAUAAAUAAAAAAAUAAUUCCUAUCAUUUAAUAUUUCUGUGAUUUUCAAAGUGAAGUGUCACAAACCAAAAUGAAUAUAUUUCUCCACGAACAAUGACUGAACCCUUGAACUGAAUGCGAAGUUCCGUUAAAAUGCAAUGAAUUUCUUUCAAGGUUCUAUUUGUUUGAAAUUGGCAGUUUAAAAUGGCACUAAAAACCCAAUUUUAAAUAUAAAAAACUUAACUGUCUUGAAAUAACAAUAUGAAAUUGGUCAAAGACCCGUACUCAGGAAAUAAAAUAACAACAUAAAACGCUCUCUGAGUUUCCAGCGAUAUACAUACCCUUUUCUAGAUAUAUACCUAAUAAUAAUAAGCGAACGAACGAAUGUAUUCCUUCCACUCGUGAGCUCAUUUACCAUUGUCACAUAUAGUAAAGUGGAAGGAAUACAUUCGUUCGUUCGCUUAUUAUUAUUAGGUAUAUAUCUAGAAAAGGGUAUGUAUAUCGCUGGAAACUCAGAGAGCGUUUUAUGUUGUUAUUUUAUUUCCUGAGUACGGGUCUUUGACCAAUUUCAUAUUAUUAUUUUGGUGCUUUGCACUUAAAUCCUACAGUUGUAGGUAAAUAUUCCUGAAGGUCAUGGAUUUGACUAAAGGUUUGUAAUUGAUAUUCAUAUUUCCUGAUAUGGUUUGUUAUGAUAUGACGACAAGGAAAUGAGUUGUGUGAGACAUAUUGUUUGCUAAUGAUAAUUUGUUAGGUGGCUAACAAGCGGCAUUCACUUUGGACGUUCGUUCAUGCGCAGUUGUUCAUUCGUUCUCUUGUAAUGGUUGAAUAAAUAAACCUUUGUGUGUGUGUAUUCUUUCCUUUUAAGUGCCCAUCCAGGGUCACAAGGCCUGGACAUUUACUAUAUGUGACAAUGGUAAAUGAGCUCACGAGUGGAAGGAAUACAUUCGUUCGUUCGCUUAUUAUUAUUAGGUAUAUAUCUAGAAAAAGGUAUGUAUAUCGCUGGAAACUCAGAGAGCGUUUUAUGUUGUUGUCUUGAAAUAUUUUGUCGGGCGGUUCAUUUAUAUUGUAUAACAAAAUAUUAAAAAAUUUCACGCGGCUCUUAAAAUACAGUCGGGCGGUGAUGAGAAUCAAGGAAUUUAUUUUAUGUGGCCUAUGGGUCCUACUAUUGAAGGCCACUAUUUGUUGUAUAUUAGGGGCCGAUUACUUGGAGAACUUUCAACCCCGGGGUUGAACUCAGCCCUGUUAACCAGGUUGAAAUUUUUUUGCGAUUACAUGGACGAUUUAUACGUUCUCGGCAUCGAUUCCCGGAAGUAAAAAAGCCUUUAUUUUGUUUUCUUGUAAUAAAUAAUCACUACCACGUAUGCUCGAAUAACUCAUGAUAAUUUCAGCCCUGGGUUGAAACGAUUACAUGACAAAAUUUUCAACCCAGGGCUGAGUGAAAUUUCAACCCCGGGGUUGAACUCAGCCCUGGGUUGAAAAUUUUGUCAUGUAAUUGCGCGUUUGAUUUUGAUAGAGUUUUGUAUUACAGACAGGGCUGAAAUUUCAACCCGGUAAACAGGGCUGAGUUCAGCCCCGGGGUUGAAAAUGCUCCAUGUAAUCGGCUCCUUAUACGCCGAUCAAAACGAAGGUGUAACAUCCCCCCGGGCACGAGAGGGGCAUUUACCUUUCGUGACUUUCCCUAGGGGCGGGCAUUUGUUGUCGGGAAGAUUUAAAGUGGUGGGGCAUUUGAUUCCACUUAUAAUGAGAACGGGAAUUUGACCGAUUUACCACAACUAAAAAAACUUUUAGAUCACCUAACAUGAAGCAUAGAUAGUCUUGCUUUCCGCUGACACAAGAAACCGCAGGCAUUUACGCACAAUCAAAAGCACAUUUUUUGCUUUUGUGUUUUCGGACUUUUCGAGUUUUUGAGAAAAUGGCGACAUUAAUAAGUGAGUUUCGUGGCCAAAAUAUAAGUUAUGUUGAAAAUUGGUUGUCCCAGAAUGGACUAGAGAAGUUAAAGGGAACUUUUGAAGGUAUUUGAUAAAAUUAGAAGUUAGAAAUAUGUAUUUUUCAUAGACUUUCAAGAUGUAUUUCCUGCGAAAAAGCAUGGCCAUUGGUAUUUGAAAAAUAGGUUUUGCAAUAUUUUUUAUUCAUAGACAUAGUAGUUUAGCUGGUUCAGACUCAAUUCCGAUUUUAUAACGCAACAAUUUAUUUUCUAUAAAUUUAAUACAGCUACAAAACAUUCAUAUUUGCCAAUAUAUUACUAUAAAACGAGUCUCUUUCAACUAUUGUUCGUGCCAUUAUCACAGGUUUCACUCCUUGACUAGUGGGAAAAACUGCUUCGACUGGUUGGCCUCAAGAACUCAAUACUUUAACCUUCAAAUUAAAUUUACAAUGGGGCAUUUGACCACCACUUAGUUGUGGAAUGUAGGGCAUUUGAACUUUGUUUUUUGACUUGGGGUGGGGAAUUUGAUCAUUGCAAAAUCCAAAAAGUCAAAUGCCCGGGUAUAUGCCCGGGGGGGGGAUGUUAACCUUCGUUUUGAUCGGCGCAUUAGUUUCUCAUCCAGGGCUUCUCCUAAAGUUGAUGCAGGCGGGCGGGCCAUCACCAUUAUUAUGCCAUUAUUUGCCGGGUUUCCCCUCUACUCCCCAUAAAAUUUAUUUUGGAAGCAUUUAAGCAUUUAUAUAGUGUGUGUGUAUGUUUUAUACAGCUGCAACUUUCUGAAAAACAGCACAAAAUCAGUAAGUGCAACUGAAAGCAUGUUUUCAUAUUAAAAACAUGGCCACUCCAUAUGUAAAAUAAUUUUGUACCCAGAAUGUCUCGUUAGCUGAGUUUGGAUAUUUAAUGUACGUAAAUAUAUGUGUACGUAAUGCGGGGAAAACUGGCAGUUUGGGUAUGAAAUUUCGUAUUUUAACUGUAACAUUUGGUUUGGGAACGUUUCUAAUUGUCUUUUUUCCGAAUUUCACUUUGAAGACAUCGCAAAAUUUAUAAUAAUGGUCAAAUAUGACAAUAAUAUACAACAAUGCUUUUGUUAUCAAUGACUAUAUUAUAUAAUCUGUUCUUUGGGUAUAAUUAAAAAAGUGUCUAAAUGUUUGUUGAUAUGCACAGUUAAAUUUUAAAAACAAACUCUGGAACAUAUACCGCUACAUAAUUAAAAUAUUUACCGCUAAGUAGCUAAAUAACUAAACUAACAUAUUCCGCUAAAAUAACUAAACAAUUAAACUUUGUAUAUUGUACAAUCUAAAUUGUUUGAGAGAUAGCACUCACAGCGUUCUCAAUGUUAAAAUCAAUGUUCCUAAUAUCAUACAUGAUUUUCCUUGCCCUUGAACCCCUCAAGCAGGUAAGUGCCGAUCUCAAUAAAGCGAAUGAGGUUCUGGCUCUUAUCCAACUCAUACUUGUUGCAUAAUCUUCUCCUUUCUUUAUGGCUACCAACUCUGCCAAUCGACUAUGGUAUCUCACACAUUCUUUGCCUAUACCGCCUGUGGUGGUGAAUACGAGUGGCGUAAAUGUUCCUUGCUCUAUUUCGAGGACUCUCCUUGCAUAUAUAGGUGCUUCUUCUCGUUUUCGUGUAUCUUGUAGACUUGGCGUAGCUCCAGGUCCUUGUACGAAUCAGCAUUGGGAUGACAAACCCUUACAUCAAAAAAGGCUGAUCGUUGACUUUCCCAGAACCCACACGCAUGAAUGUCGAGUCUAGCAUCAGGUGCUCUGUUGGAGCCUCCAUUUAGUUGCUCUGAUUACUGAUUUAUACUAUCUUGUAUAUCCCCGGGCAUUUUCACACGCUCCCAGGCGCUUCAGGGCAUCCCCGGGCGCUCCGGGCAGUAUUUAGUACGACCAAUUAUUAAUUAAUGUCGAUUUCUAGUCAUUUUUCAACGCGCGGUUCCCAAAUUCAUUACAAACUUUGCCAAUUACGUUUCCAAGUUCAAAAGAGUUUUUUUCAUGUUGGUUUUCGGUUUAAUUUUUCAAAAACCACCCAAGUCUACAGUAGUUACUGUAUUCUAUUUGAUUGACAGGCAAAUUUCUUGGCUUAUAUCUCAUUCACAAACAUCUCUUUACUCCACAGAUUUGCUCUUUCAAAAUGGCUUUUGCACACUGGUUAGCCAUCUUUAUCGUUGGUUUGCUUCCUACCUUAUGUUCAGCUACAGUGAAACUAGAUGGCCAAGGACAGUCAUUCUCCUCUGUUAUCAAACAGUUUGAGUACAGUACACGUGGCAAUGAACUAACAUUGUUUGAAAAGAAAUCUGUUGAUGAACCUGGAUACGUUACAGAACAGUGGUUUACUGGUGGACCAUUUGACCAGUAUGCAAGAAUACGGAUAUACAUUGAUGGUGAAAAUGAAGCCUCGUUAGAUUUCAACGUCAGUAUGAGCAGUGCUGUUGAUGCGGCUGCUGAUAGAAACACGCCAUGGUCUACUAGAUUGUUUGGUCGUUUGGCUAAUAAUGGUGGCUUUUUUAAUACGUUUAGAAUACCUUUUUCAUUUCAUAUAAGAAUAACUUUGACCAAUACUCAUAGUACCGGCGCUCUUUGGUGAGUAAAAUAAUGUACUGACUGUAAAACAACUUAAUAAGCCUUUGGAUGCCAGCACUCUUCCCUUGACGAGUAAACUUGUCUGGCGUAAGAUAGAGUAAAAUAAUAAUGUUAGGGCAUGUUUGGGUGCAUGGCAGCUUAAUGGCAGAUAGUCUGUUUAACCCAUUGAGCAUCAAUGCUCUCCCCUUGACAAGUAAAAUCCUCUGGCAGUAGACAGAGUAACAAUUAAUAAUAGUAACAAAUUAUUUCAUUUCGCCUUUUUCCUUUCCACGGAUGUUUCCUUUUGGAAUGAUUCCAGCUAUUGACUAAUUUUUCAUCUAGACAAGAAGGACAAAUUCUAUCAUGAUUAUACUAGCUCAAAAGCACAUCCUAAAAUUAGUAAAAUGGCAAAGUUUGGUUGCGAAAUGUUGUAAAAUACGGAAAAUAUAGCUGGAAUUAGCAAAUUUUGAGUAUUAAAUAUGUAAUACUAAAAUACUCAAAAUUUGCUAAUUUCACAGGGCUAUAUUUUCCGUAUUUUACAACAUUUUGCAACCAAACUUUGCACUUUUACUCAUUUUAGGAUGCUCUUUUGAGCUAUAAUGAUAUAUUUUGUCCUUCUAGUCUGGAUAAAAAAAUAUUGGAAUCAUCUAUUUCCUGCAUACCAAUCAGAUGUUGCCAUUUUCAAAUUGUCAAUUUUACCACAUUAGGAAUGUAUAGUCACAUUCCUGAAUAUUUUGACACAAAAACAUUACACUUCUUUUGAGUGAAAGGAAGGAUCUGUCGUUUUGGUGAUUCCAUUAUAUGUUUUUAAUUUUUCCCAAGGUAUAUUGUGCGAGGAUUGGUUGGUGUUAAAUUAGCGGUUGGGUCAUUUGAAUUGCCAAACAAAACAAGACUCCGGGUUUACAAACAGGACAAGGUCAUAGCUCCAUUUGACUUUGUGACACUUUCGAAAACGAGUAACAAGUCUGGAAUGUUAUUCCUUGUCACAUUUGACAUUCAUAGCGCUACGGCCACAUUUAUGGAGGGAUGCGUGCGUGCAAAGAUCGACAAUUCUGACGAAAUUACAUUUCUCUCCUCUGGCAUGGAAGAUUUUUUCCUAUCGGCAUUCUACUUCAAUGAUAAUUCUUAUGAAGGCUUUCAAUCUGGACUAACUUACAAAGUUGAAGAUGCAAGUGGGUAUGGUUAUACUCAUGUUGUUGCAUAUAAAUUUUUUCUGGACGACCCUAUCUUGUUCAGACACUCGUUUCAAUUGAUUUGGCGAAAUAAUGAGGUUCUUGGUGGUGAAAAAGGAUGUCCUGACCGAUUUCCAGCAUACUUAAAGGGAGAAGGCAAAUACACUGACACUUUUCCAGGAAAAAAGAGGUCAUGGUCAAAUUCAAACCCAGCGCCUAACGAAGCCUAUAUACAGAGUUACGUUUGGGUGUAUGAAUGGUAGUUUUGUUUCAAUGUUGAAAGAACUGUUUAUUGUAGAAAAAUUAAUAUAAUUAUUCCAUUUUUUAUUUCUAUUCUGAAUAAUUAUUCUAUGAAAUAUUUCUAAUGCUUAAGCUUAAAGCUACAAUUUAUGAACCAAUUAAGUUGAAACUUCAACAUCUGCCUAAUGCAUCAGUCAAUUCUAGCAUUGCCCAUCCCCCCCCGGGCAACCCCCGGGCAUUUGCACUCUUUUUUUGCCCGGGGGCCGGGCAUUGGUACUUGCAAAGUUGUCCCGGGGGCGGGGAAUUGUUUACCGGCCGGGAAUUUGACUCAACCGGACGUUUCUGCGACGAACACGUGCUAUUAUAUUAAAAUGGCGUCGAAGAAUUCGGGCGUAAAAACGAGGAUUUUGUCGAUAUUUUCAUUCACAAAACGUCACACCAAUCGCACAUGAGAACUAAUUAAAGUUGUGUUUAACUAUCUGGCAUAAAAACACCUGAAUUCAUAGUACAAUCCUUGUUUUAUAUUUUGAAACGUGAUUGUAUAUUAACCACUGAACCGACGAGCACGUUUUUCAUGUUCAAAAGUUGGGAUGACUGCUGUAGCUUUUAUACGAGGAAGCUAAUAAUGUUAUGGAAGUUUUGAGAUCUAAAAUACAUUCUAUAAAUGAGUCGGUGUGCGCUGGGGCCGGGAAUUUGUCAUCUUAUUUUUUGCCCGGGGGCGGGGCAUUGCCACGCUUUUUCUGCCCGACCCCCGGGAAUUGUCAACUUAAAGAAAAAAAAAGUGCAAAUGCCCGGGGGUUGCCCGGGGGGGGGAUGGGCAAUGCUAGAAUUGACUGAUGCAUAAGUCUUCCAUGUGGUGGGUGUUUGAUAAAAUUCCCCCGAAUUUGAACUGGGCGUCUUAAAUUUUGCCCAUUUUUGCAGCAAUAACUUAGGAAAGAUUACACAGAAAAUUUUCAGUAUUCCAGAGACAAUGGGGAAAUUAGGGCAAAGUGCUUUCUGCCCCCCUCCCCCCAGAUUUUUUCCUCCCAUACGCCUAUGUUUUUGUAUUUACUGUUUCAUAAUUUUCAUAUGAAGGUGGGACAUUUCAACGCUUAAUUUCUUGUUACAGUGGGGCAUUUGAAGACAUUUUUUGCACAGGUGGUGGAGAAUUUGAUCAGUCAAAUUCUGGGGGGGGGGAUGUUGAAGUUUCGAAUUGAUCGGUACAUUAUGAAUCUAUAAAUUUCAUUCUCAUGUGAUUUCAUACUCUAUACAAACCUGCUCAGACACUUUAUGCAAUUAAUUAAUUAAUUCAACAUUAAAACAAUUACAUUGUAAACGUUUGGCCAAUCAGUUGCACUUUGAAAACUUGUCAAAUAGAGCAAGAUAGAUAAUGAUUAAUGGAAUGGAAAGACACAAGAGAAAAGACUGUUUCAUUUUCUAAUUAAAUAAUAAUUAUGAAUUAGGGUAUUCUCCAAUAUCGUGUAUGAUAAUUAAUAAACUACAAUAUGUUUUGCCUUAAUA